AGCGAGAGGAAGAGGGACGGAGGGGGGAAGGAGGGGAGGGGGGAGUCUCUCUCUUCCAGGAAGGGAUUAUUAACCAGCGCGCUGCCGACAUGUGAGGGAAAACACGCGCGGACAAAAGAAGUUUUCACACCGACAAGAGAGCCGCGCCAUGGAGCGGCCCAGCACAUAAACACGGUGCAAGCGGCGGCGGCGGCAGCAGCAGCAGAGGGAGCGGGGCUUCAUGAGAACAAACCGCUGCCCCCUGUCCAGAGGAGGCGAGCGCUCGGUGAGCCGCUCGCUCCUGUCGCUGCAGCUGUUCGGGCUUCUGUGAAGGAAAGCGAAGAGGGAUAAAAGAAGCGAGCGACACGCGCACACAGUGUGUGUGUAUGAGAGAGAGAGAGCGCGCGAGAGAGAGAGAGGAAGCACGACGGAAAAGUGGAAGGAGAGGGAGAGAAGUUGACGGGAAAUAAUGUCUGAAUCCUCCUCCUCUGCUGCUGCGAACAAGCAGGAGAGGAGCUCUUUCAGUCCUUCCGCGAACCUGCUGCCAAACUCCACUUCCUCCCCCGUCCAUGCUCCCGCCGCGAGGCCAGCCAGCCGAAUGGAGGACGAGCCUGCCAGGCUGCCUGCGCACCUGCGUCUGCAGCCCGUGUUUUGGAGCCGGGAAGACGUGGCCCAGUGGCUGCGAUGGGCCGAGAAAGAGUUUGCCCUGCGGCCCAUCACCAGCGGCACUUUCCAGAUGAACGGCAAGGCCCUGCUUCUCCUCACCAAGGAGGACUUCCGCUACAGAUCCCCUCACUCUGGGGAUGUCCUGUAUGAGCUGCUGCAGCACAUACUGAAGCAACGGAAGUCCAGCGUGUUCUGCCCGUCUGCUUACUUUCCCGGCAACUCUUUCCAUCCGCUGCCUGAAAGCGCCGUGCAGCACCUGAAGCUCGAAGAGACGGUACGGCGGGCACCACGUGGUACAGAGCCCCUCCCGCAGAACCCGCCAACCAUCGAGCUGCGGCACCGCCGAUCUCGCUCCCGCUCCCCCCACAACCCGGCUCCACGGAGGUCCCCCCUGGAGCCCAACCGCCCCCGGUCCGCCAACGAAGACCCCCUCCAGACCUUCUCCCAGCUGCCCGACAGCAACCACCACCUGCCGGAGGAAAUGUACCCGCUGUCCGUGUCUCCGGCAGCGCCCAACGGCCCCUGCGCCACGCCCAGGGAAGCCCCGAGCCCGGGGGUCCAGGAGACGGGCCCUCCUCGCAUCAUCCAGCUCAUGCCCAGCACCAUCCUGAACCCGUUGCUCCUCAGCCCGGGCAGGGGCGGCGGGGUCGCCGGCAUGGACUUCAGGCACAGCCGCGCCGUGCCCCCCUCUCAGGUGGUGAUGGAGAACGGGCGCGAGAGCAAGGUGCACGUCCACCAUCACCAGCUGGCUCAGCAGCAGCAGCAUCUGUUGCAGCAGCAUCAGCAGGAGGAGGCGCUCUACAGGAACCACGUCAUCAUGCCCGUGUCUCCCCCAGAGGAGCAGCAGAUGCCCAUCGGGCGGAUAGCAGAUUGCAGGCUGCUGUGGGACUACGUCUACCAGCUCCUGUCAGACAGCAGGUACGAGAACUACAUCCGCUGGGAGGAUCCGGACAAUAAAGUCUUCCGCAUCAUGGACCCCAACGGCCUGGCCAGGCUCUGGGGGAACCACAAGAACAGAACCAACAUGACGUACGAGAAGAUGUCGCGAGCACUGAGACACUACGACAAGCUGACAUCUAGGAAAGAGCCGGGGCAGAGACUCCUGUUCAGGUUCAUGAAAACCCCCGACGAGAUCAUGAACGGACAGACGGAGCGGGCUGAGCACCUGGAGUCGGACACAGACGAACAAAUCUACAUCAAGGAGGAAUGCUGAAGAGCUC